GGGUCUUGUUAGUCAAAUAGGGCAUAAGCCCAAGCCUACAAACAUACACAUUCAUAACAUAUUCAUAACAUAUCAUAACAUAAUACAUAAGAUAACAUAAGCAAUACACAUAUAGAUUCUAUCCUAUUUUCCUUACCAAAGUUACCGGAAUAUGAUAGACUGAGUUGGGACUUUUUGGAACACUCCUAAAACCAUAUGAGAAAGAGUGAGUCUUGUGAAGAAGAAGAAAUGAAAAGGAUGGAAAGACUAAACCAUUGAAAAACAUACUUACCGAAACUUAUGUGUUUAAGAACUUGGAUUCCCUAACCAAAAUAAGAAUGAGGUUAGGAGACUGAGUAGAAGGUUAUGAAAGAGGAAAUAACAUAAAGCAAAUGAACUAAAGUUUUGGUUUACCUCAAAGACUUGAAAGACCAAUCUAUACCACAACCGAAAUACUAUAGAACCUCACUUCCCAAAGUGUUUGAUAAGCUUAUGAUGUUUAAGCUUAUGAUUUCCCAAACCAGGUGUUUACACUCUCACACUCACUUAGCACUAGCAGCUUCUGAACUUAGAGUAAAAGGUGAAUAAUGGCUGGGUACUAGGUCCUAUUUAUAGAGUUUGGGAAUGAAAGUAUCUUGAUUUUACUUGAAUAAAAAUAAUGGCUUUUUAGGUGAAAAUCAUUUGAAUAAUCGUUCAGCAGAGGCUGAAGACUCGUUCAAAAGAUGUUGGACUUAUGAAGAAGUUUGAAUGGCUGAAAGGAAAAGAAUUCAAAAAUGUUUGAAUUUAUGCUGGAGGAGGCGAUAUAUCGCCCCCUGUAGGCGAUAUAUCGCCUGGGCCAGUAUGCCCGAGGCGACCGUGCAUCGUCUCGUGUUUUCCGUAUCUACGUGCUGCGAUAUAUCGGCACACGCUGAAUAUUUAAACACGAAAUUACACAUUUUUAGCUAAGUUUGAAUGGAGUAAACAGCCUUGACUAAGCCUUCAACGUAUUCAAAGCUGUUGACUGACCCUAUACAUUCAAACUUUACCCUUAUUUAAUUUAAUCCUCAAAAAUACUUAAUCCUUAAUUACCCAUUCAUAACAUGUGCUUAAAAUCCUAUUGGUUGAUAUCUAAACCUUAUAAUAUAACAAAUAUUAUCCUUAAUAUCAGUCAUAUAAUCAAACCUUAGGAUAUACUUAAUAUUCUUAAACUAAAGGUUAAACUUAGAAAAUCUAUAAGUACUACUAUGAGUGUCCAAAUAAUCCCCGGUCUGAACCAAAAAUCCACAGUAACAAAGAUAAUACUAAACAUACUAUAAUACUACUAUCUAUCUUAGCUAAGUAAAGUUCUUGGACUUUACAAUCUCGUCCAUCGUCACCGAAGUGAUCCGGACCUGGACACAACCCUGCUCCACUGCGUGGAUCGGCUCGUGUUGGACUACCAAGAUAGCCGACCUAGGGGUACCGUAGUAGUAGAUAACACCCUAGCCUUUAGGUCGAUCCUAUUCGAGGAGUAUGGGACCAACCUCCGCUCAUGGCCAUCACUCCGGAGGGGUAUCUUAGCUCCGGGGCUUAGGCAAUAUGUAGGAGAAUCUAGCCCUAAGUCAGACCCGGACCCAGAACUUGUGCCAGUUCGGGAAGUAAUCGUCUUAGGUUCUUCUUCCAGCUCGGGGGAAGAGAUGUCUCAGUCCGAGGAGAGCCUGCGAGGCGCAGUCUUCGGGGGGAACCCCUCAGCCGGGCCAAGAAUGAAAAGGCUCCGGGCAUCCAAGAGCGCCGCUGGGGUCUCCACCAACUCUCCGGCAAAGGAGAAGGAGAAAACCCUGGCAGACCAGGUCGCGAGAGCGAUUCUUCAUGCUGGAGGAGCAGGCCAAAUGCCUCCACCACCUCCGCAAGCUCCAGCCGCCACCCAGGACGCAGGAACGGAGCUCGGGACUUCAGCCAUGGUGGCCUCCGAUGUACGCAUCCCAGUCAAUCCCCAGGACCUGGAGAAGAUCCCAGAGGCCUUCCGGGGAACGAUGUAUGAGUCGGCAAACUACGCCGUCAGCCAUAUAUACAAGUUCACCGAGAAGGAACUCCGGGCUAUUGAGACAAUGAGCCUGGUUGGCGUAAUGGAGUCUUCAAUGGGCAUGACCCUAACGGGCGUCGUCGCUCUUCACCGGAGCAUCAUCAGGGCGAAAACUCAGCUCGAGGAUAUGAGGACCGAGCACCAGACCUCUCUUCAGGAGGCUAAGGCGACUAAAGAUGCCUUGGUGACCUCGAAGGCCGAGUUGGAGAAGACCCGCUCAAGGGUCCAAGAGCUCGAGACCUCCCUUGCCACCUCGCGGACAGACCUCGAGGCUGCGAAGACUGAGAUCCAGGCCGCCCUGGAGGCCGAACGGACCACUUCGAAGCAGUCCAUGGAAGAUCUGUUCUAUCACUGCUGGGCCUACAACCCGGAGGCUGACUUUUCUUUCAUGUCACCAAGUCUUUGGGCGCGCUUGCUGGUGAAGUUCCAAGCUCGCCUUGAGAAAGAGGCGCCGCCUUCGGAAACUGGGGAAGGCUCUGGCGCGGCGGAGCAGGGUGAGACAGCGACCUCCCAGGGGCCAUCUGACGGAGCUUAGGGCGUUUUUUCUCUUUUUCCCUUGAAUAUUUUUAAGUAUUUUUUUUUAUGUAACCUUUGCAUGAGGUGUUUUCACCUCGAGACAAUUUUCUUUGACGUUUUUAAUUUACGCUUUUUCAUGCC